GUCAGUUCGCGCACGCGCCCCGCGCGCGGGGAACUUUUCGGCGUUUGCGGCAAAUGUGACAAAUUUGCUCAGCUGCAUUUUUGUCUGACCUUUGUUGUUUUUUUUUUUUUUUGAGGGGGUGGGGAAGACGACUGCAAGGAGGCAUGUGAGACAAGUUGAGGGAAAAGGAUAACCCUCAAAAAAGAAGAUAGAGAAAAAGAAGAAGAAGAAGAUGGAGCCAGGUGGUCACGUGCUGCUUUGGCGCCUACUUUUCUUCUUUUUGGCGCCUUCGGGACGAGCUGUUGCGCAAUUUUUCCCAGGCGGCUGCGACUUCGAGGACUCGUACGGCAGCUGCGGCUUCGGCGUCUCCCUGGGCGGCGCCGGCUUCACCUGGGAGCAGGACCGCGUCCCCCACGCAGGCGGCGUGAUGGCGGUCAACGCGUCGGGUCGGACGUCGGGUCAGCGCGCGCACCUGGAAAUGCCCAAACUGAAGGAAAACGACACCCACUGCGUCGACUUCCUGUACUCGGUGACCGGGCCGGACGGAGUCAGCCCGGGCGCCCUCAACGUCUACGUCAAGGUGAACGGCGACGCCCAGAGCAACCCGGUGUGGAACGUCAGCGGCGCCGUCACCGACGGCUGGGUCAAGGCCGAGCUCGCCGUCUCCACCUUCUGGCCCAACUCCUACCAGGUCAUAUUUGAAGCGGUCUCAGCCCAGGGCCACGCGGGCGUCAUCGCCGUCGACGACGUUCGAGUUCUGGCUCAUCCCUGCCGAAAGGCGCCUCACUUCCUGCGCCUUCAGAACGUGGAGGUCAACGUGGGUCAGAACGCGUCCUUCCAGUGCACGGCGGGCGGCAAGUGGUCUCAGCGCGACAGACUCUGGCUGCAGCAGCGGAACGGACGCGACACGACGCCGAUGGUGACGCGGGUGGUCAACCACCGGCGCUUCUCGUCCACCGUCAGCGUGGGCGACACGUCGCAGCGCAGCACCAGCCGCUACCGCUGCGUCAUCCGCACCGACGGCGGCUCCGGCGUGUCCAACUACGCCGACCUCAUCGUCAAAGCCCCGCCCACCCCCAUCGCCCCACCUGAGCUCCUGGCCGUGGGCGCCACCUAUCUGUGGAUCAAACCCAACGCCAACAGCAUCAUCGGCGACGGGCCCAUCAUCCUGAAGGAGGUGGAGUACCGCACCACUUCGGGCAACUGGGCCGAGACCCACGUGGUGGACGCGCCCACCUACAAGCUGUGGCACCUGGACCCCGACGUGGAGUACGAGAUCAAGGUGCUGCUGUCCAGACCCGGCGAGGGGGGCACGGGACCUCCGGGACCGCCGCUGGUUACCAGAACCAAAUGCGCAGAUCCCGUCCACGGUCCGCAGAACGUCAACGUGGUGGACGUGCGGGCGCGGCUGCUGACCAUCCAGUGGGAGACGUUCGGCUACGCCGUCACGCGCUGCCACAGCUACAACCUGACGGUGCAGUACCGGUACGUCUUCAACCAGCGCGAGUUUGCGUCCGAGGAGCUGAUCCGGACGUCUUCCCGCUACACCCUGCGGGACCUGCGGCCGUCCGUGGCCGUCAGGUUGCGGCUGGUCCUGGCCAACGCCGAGGGCAGCAAGGAGAGCGAAGAGAUCGUCGAGCAGACCGAGGAGGACGUGCCCGGCGCGGUGCCCACGGAGUCCCUGCGCGACACGCCGUACGACGACAAGAUCUUCCUGCAGUGGAAGGCGCCCAACGAGACCAACGGGGUCAUCACCCAGUACGAGAUUACUUACAAGGGCCUGAGCUCGCUGGACCCCAGCGCCGACCUGACCGCCCAAUGGGGAAAGGUGACCAAGCCCACCAACGAGACCCACCACCUGUUUGUGGCCCUCCACCCGGGCACCACCUACUUCUUCACCCUCAAAGCCUCCACCAGCAAGGGGGCCGGCCCGCCCGUCACCACCCGCGUUACCACCAAGAUAGCAGCCCCCGUGAUGCCCGAGUACGAGUCUGAAGCGCCUCUCAACGAGACCGAGUCCACCAUUACGGUGCUCCUUAAGCCCGCCAAGUCGCGGGGGGCGCCCAUCAGUUCCUACCAGCUGGUGGUCAAGGAGGAGCGCAAGUCCAAAUCCCGUCGGGCCGCCCCCGAGAAGCCCGAGUGCUUCGCGGCGCCGUUCAGCUCCCGCAACGCUUCGGCCUCCGACUCGCCGUACUACAUGGCGGCCGAGCUGCCGCCUUCCAACCUGCCGGCGGCUCAACCUUUCACGGUGGGCGACGACAAGAGCUACGGCGGCUUCUCCAACCCGCCGCUGUCCCCCGCCAAGAGCUACAGCAUCUACUUCCAGGCCCUCAGCAGAGCCAACGGGGAAACCAAAAUCAACUGCGUGCGGCUGGCCAACAAAGGCGCCUCCACGCAGGACUCGGACGCCGUGGAGCCGGAAAAACCCGUGGACGGGACGGUGAAGCUGGCGGGGGUGAUCAGCGGCGUCUUCGUCUUCGUCGUCAUCCUGCUGGGCCUCGUGCUCGCCUUCAAGCGCAGAGAGAUUCACACGUGGAGAACGCUGAGCGUGGGGAAGCUAGCCAAAAAGCAAAAGGAGACGGCGAGCGGCUCCACCCGACAGAGGGAGAUGGUGCCGGUCGACGCGGCCGACAAGAGCGCCGCCAAAGUCAGCACCCUGCGCAAGGACGACCCCUUCUCCGCCUCCGGCCAGGACCUGAACGGAUUCGCCUCCCCCUCUUCCUGCUCCUUCUCCUUGCAGGGAGGCAAAACGCUGCAGAGCAAAUCCCUGCUGAAUUCGUACUACUCAGUGUCCAAAGAGCCGCCGGUACCGGCCACCGCGUCUCUGGAGAGCAGCCAGCCGUCGCUCGCCCAGCCCUCGCUGACGCUGCAGAGCUUCCCGUACGGCGGCCGCGAGUCGGUGGAGCUCGCCUACCAGAGCGGUCGGUUCCAGCCGGCGAUCCGCGUGGCCGACCUCCUGCAGCACAUCACGCAGAUGAAAUGCGGCCAAGGCUACGGCUUCAAGGAGGAAUACGAGGCGCUGGCGGAGGGACAGACUGCGCCCUGGGAAACGGCCAAAAAGGAUGAGAACCGCAACAAGAAUCGCUACGGCAACAUCAUCGCUUACGAUCGCAGCAGAGUGCGGCUGCAGCCGCUGGACGGGGAGCCUCACUCGGACUACAUCAACGCCAACUUCAUUGACGGCUACCACCGGCCCAGACAUUACAUCGCCACGCAAGGUCCGAUGCAGGAGACGGUCCGGGAUUUCUGGAGGAUGGUGUGGCAGGAGAACUCGGCCUCCAUCGUCAUGGUGACCAACCUGGUGGAGGUGGGCAGGGUCAAGUGCGUCCGCUACUGGCCCGACGAGACGGACGUUUACGGCGACGUGAAGGUCACCCUGGUGGAGACGGAGCCGCUGGCCGAGUACGUGGUGCGAACGUUCACCGUGCAGAAGAAGGGUCACCACGAGCUGCGAGAGUUGCGGCAGUUCCAUUUCACCAGCUGGCCCGACCACGGCGUCCCUUGCUACGCCACGGGCCUGCUGGGCUUCAUACGGCAGGUCAAGUUCCUCAACCCGCCCGACGCCGGCCCCAUCGUGGCGCACUGCAGCGCCGGGGCAGGCCGGACGGGCUGCUUCAUCGCCGUGGACGUCAUGCUGGACAUGGCGGAGAACGAGGGCGUGGUGGACAUCUUCAACUGCAUCCGCGAGCUGCGAUCUCAAAGGGUCAACAUGGUCCAGACCGAGGAGCAGUACGUCUUCGUGCACGACGCCAUCCUGGAGGCGUGUCUCUGCGGCAACACCGCCAUCCCCGUGUGCGACUUCCGAGCCAUCUACUACAACAUCAGCAGGCUGGAUCCGCAGACCAACUCCAGUCAGAUUAAAGACGAGUUCCAGACCCUCAAUAUAGUGACCCCUAGGGUGCGUCCGGAGGACUGCAGCGUGGGUCUGCUCCCCCGGAACCACGACAAGAACCGGAGCAUGGACGUCCUCUCGGCUGACCGCUGCCUGCCGUUUCUCAUCUCGGUGGAUGGCGAGAGCUCCAACUACAUCAACGCGGCACUCAUGGACAGCCACAAGCAGCCGGCGGCCUUCAUCGUGACGCAGCACCCGUUGCCCAACACCGUGGGCGACUUCUGGAGGCUGGUCUUUGACUACAACUGCUCCUCCGUCGUCAUGCUCAACGAGAUGGACGCCGCACAGCUGUGCAUGCAGUACUGGCCGGAGAAGAACUCCUGCUGUUACGGUCCCGUCCAGGUGGAGUUCAUAUCGGCCGACAUUGACGACGACAUCAUCAACCGCAUCUUCAGGAUCUGCAACAUGGCCCGGCCCCAGGACGGCUACCGGCUGGUGCAGCACUUCCAGUUCAUUGGCUGGCCGGCCUACAGGGACACGCCCCUUUCCAAGCGUUCCGUCCUGCAGCUGGUACGGCGACUCGCCAAGUGGCAGGAGCAGUACGACGGCGGAGACGGCCGCACGGUGGUGCACUGCCUCACGGGCGGUGGCCGUUCCGGAACCUUCUGCGCCGUGUGCAGCCUCAACGAGAUGAUCCAGCAGCAGAACAUCGUGGACGUGUUUCACACCGUCAAGACGUUGCGCAACAACAAAACCAACAUGGUGGAGACCAUGGAACAGUACAAGUUCUGCUACGAGGUGGCGCUGGAGGCGCUCAGCUCCUUCUGAAGUUUCGCCGACCGUCGGUGGCCGCUCGCCGCCUUGGCUUCCGUCACAUUGAGGGACCCAAAAAAAAAAAACAAAAACGCAGAAGAAGAAGAAGUGGGACGGAUUCUUGUACAGUCGCUUUCAAUGUAGAAUGUCGUCUCCCCCUACAGGCCGCACGUGCGCCGGUGACUCCUUUUGCCCAUCUGCUCGUCCCGCGUGCGUCCGUCCGUCCACGCGGAAUGUGGAGAGCGAAUUCACCGGCCGUGUCGCUUUGGGUCCAAAGGAAAGGACAGUAAUGGCGACGCCGCGGCGUUGCGUUCAAAACGGAUCCCGGGAGUCGCCUUGCCGUCGGGCGGGGUUUGAAGUCCACGCGUGAAUUUGCGACUUCACGGUGACACGCUGACGACUUUUUCCUGGUUCCCGACCGGGCGCGGGGAACGGACCGAUGCUCGGUCGGAGGUUGGAAGUCCACAUUUGAAUUUGCUUUGUGUCCAAAGUAGUCGAAUGAAAGCACGUCAUUGCGGAGAUCCUCCACGCGAAAGCCGUCACUCGCCGACCGGCUGACUUUUUUUCUUUUUCUGUCGGCGUGUCAGGGGAGGGCAGAGCGGAAGAGAUUUGAAGGCCAACUCUAAAUUUGCUCGGUGUCCAAACGGAACAAGGUCACGUAUCUGAUGUGACUGUGGGAAUGCGCGAAGCUUUCUGCCGUUUCGCCUCUCCGAGGCAGCGUCGGACCGAGCUCGCAAAGAGUCCAAUCGGCGCCGUUUUCGUCCGUGUUGUGGAGCCCUUUCACCACAAGUGGUACAAAUUGGCCAGACGUCUGGCAUCUGUCGGCGGCCCGCGUUUGACGAGCCAAAGUUGCGCACCCAAAUGUCAUUUGGAAAUUCAGCCCAAGCGAAGCCGCAAGCAGAACCAGAAAGACGUCUCGAGAAGCUCGAGCUGGUCAAAGAAACUGACACCCGCUGACGGAAGCAAACGUUCUUGGGUCAAUUGGAUCGUUUCCAGCGUAUCUUCGAAGAUAAAAGAUAGCGUGAACACGACGACUUCACUACCACCGAGAGACCCACGAGAAAAGGCUCAAGAAUGCACGUCGACAAAAAAAGUCAAGUCGCCAUUUUCGCUGAAAUAUCUUAUUUCAAACUCAUUUUGGCCAGAUUUGUUUUAGUUUCAAAUUCAGUACGUGACGGUCGUGUCACUCAGCAACAUCAAAUGUGGUCCACCGAAAUUCUCAAGGAGCCGUUUCUGAAAAGACACCAAAAAAAAAAAAAAAAAAAAAUCAGCUCUUUGGGUUUGAAGCAGCCAUUUUGGGCUCAUCAAAGUUUCAAGAAGCCAUUUCUGAAGGGACAGGAAGUCGGCUCUUUGGCUCUGAAGCGGACAUUUUACGAUCAUGACAAUCGCCUCCGAGACAUUUGAUCUGAUUGGCUGAAGAGUUCACCGGCGCCCCCUAUGGCAGAAAAAUGUUUUUUUUUUGUUUUUCAUUUUUGCCUUCUUAAGACGGCGCAUUUGACGGGCUGGCUGCACUUAGCUGUACGCAACUGGCGUCUGGUGACAAAACGGCGCCGGCGGCGCAAUUUUUGGACGUUAUUUUGUCAUCUCUGUGAUAUUUUUUUUUGGGGGGGGGGGGUUGAAGAUAUUGAACAUCGUCUUGAUUUGUGAGUGUGUGUGUGCAGCAUGUGGCCGCGCGUUUGUAUGCUUUAUUUAUUUGAUUUAUUGCUGUGUUUGCUCCUCAAGUGGACGACCCGUGUCCAUUUUUUUGUUUGAUCCUCCAAAGGCAACGCGUUCAUUAUUGAUUAUGAAAAGAUUUUUUUUUCCCCCCCCUCAAGUGUUUGAACUGCUUUUCUUUGAUGUCUUUUAUUUUAUUUUGGGCUGGCAAGCAAGUCAGGCUUUCAAGUGCGGCACUCAAACCAACUUGAUGUUUUGUGUUUUGUUUGGGGAUAUUUGUUGUUGUUUGUUUUUUUUUAAUAGCAUUUGUUUUGCCUCAUUAAAAAAAUCAUUUGUGCAGCAAUUGUUUGAUCGCUGGAAAAUGUGCUUAAGACAUCAAAUAAU